GUUUUGCUUAUGCCUCUUCUUCCCUUCCUCUUCUGUGUCUCAUUUCUCCCUCUCUCUCCCUCUCUCUCCCUCUGACCGCCGGAGUAGGGAAUCCGUCUGAUCGGAGAUUUAUCCGAUUCAAUCUGCUUCAGUUUUGUCUCCAAUCCGCCUCCAAUCGCGAGUUUCCGAUCCUCCCGUCUUUAGCUGCUUCCGAUUCUAGGGUUUCUUUACCCACCUGUCGAUCGAUUGGGACUCCUCCCUGUAUGCGAUCCUCCAACUCCCGCCCCUGAACGAUGUACAGCAACUUCAAGGAGCAGGCAAUCGAGUACGUCAAGCAGGCGGUGCAGGAAGACAAUGCCGGGAACUACGCCAAGGCCUUCCCCCUAUACAUGAACGCGCUCGAGUACUUUAAGACCCACCUCAAGUACGAGAAGAACCCUAAGAUUCGCGAGGCCAUCACCCAGAAGUUCACCGAGUACCUCCGCAGGGCUGAGGAGAUCAGGGCCGUGCUCGAUGAGGGAGGACCUGGGCCUGCCUCAAAUGGUGACGCCGCAGUCGCGACCCGCCCCAAGACGAAGCCCAAGGAUGGAAGUGGUGGCGACGGGGAUGAUGCCGAGAAGGAGAAGCUGAAGGCCGGGUUGAAUUCCGCCAUCAUAAGGGAGAAGCCUAAUGUGAAGUGGAACGAUGUGGCCGGGCUCGAGAGCGCAAAGCAGGCACUUCAGGAGGCCGUUAUAUUGCCUGUUAAAUUUCCGCAGUUCUUCACUGGCAAGCGCCGGCCAUGGAGGGCCUUUCUGUUGUAUGGUCCUCCUGGGACAGGAAAGUCAUACUUAGCAAAGGCUGUUGCUACUGAAGCGGACUCUACAUUUUUCAGUGUAUCUUCGUCAGACCUUGUAUCGAAGUGGAUGGGUGAGAGUGAGAAGUUGGUUUCCAGUCUCUUUCAAAUGGCCCGUGAAAGUGCUCCGUCCAUUAUCUUCAUCGAUGAAAUAGAUUCCCUCUGCGGCCAGCGUGGAGAAGGCAAUGAAAGUGAAGCUUCUAGACGUAUCAAAACAGAACUUCUUGUCCAGAUGCAGGGUGUUGGACAUAAUGAUGAGAAAGUUCUUGUUCUUGCAGCAACCAAUACUCCUUAUGCUCUUGAUCAGGCCAUCAGGAGGCGUUUUGACAAGCGUAUAUACAUUCCUCUACCAGAUCUGAAGGCUCGGCAGCACAUGUUCAAGGUUCAUUUAGGAGAUACUCCUCACAAUUUAACUGAGAGUGAUUUUGAAAGCUUGGCACGGAAGACUGAGGGUUUCUCUGGUUCAGAUAUAGCUGUUUGUGUUAAGGACGUCCUCUUUGAACCUGUUCGCAAGACCCAGGAUGCUAUGUUCUUCAUAAAGACUCCCAAUGACUUGUGGGUUCCUUGUGGACCCAAACAAUCAGGUGCCGUUCAAAUCUCCAUGCAGGAGCUGGCUGCCCAAGGAGAAGCUUCUAAGAUCCUUCCUCCCCCAAUCUCGAAGACAGAUUUUGAUAAAGUGCUGGCAAGACAGAGGCCGACUGUGAGCAAAGCAGACCUAGAUGUCCAUGAGAGAUUCACAAAGGAGUUUGGGGAGGAAGGGUAAUCACUGUGUUGGUUUGGCCGUCUGCAGCUUUUGUGCAGGCAUCAGCUUGAUUGCCGUGAUUUGUAAUUUAUGUUGGUUAAUUGUUCUCAGAUCCAAGGAAUCACAUUAUCUUUUAAGCUUCUUUCGUAUUGGGAAGACGACUUCUUUUACUUCCCAUUCGCAUACUUUAUGAGAUAGAAAUAUCAGGGCUUGCUACUGUCCAUUAGAAUUGCUUCUUGUUUCAAUUUGUAUAAAGAGACGCUCUCUCAAUAUGAAGUUGUUCAUAGAGUACGUCGCCA